AUUGUUUUGUUUUGUUUAUCUACCUGUUGCCCAUUCUGCAUGAUCGCUUCAGACUUUAGCUCGAUGAAGCCGACACAUCAUUCAUCCGUUUCACUUCGGGUAAAUUUUGGAGCAUAAUUUGGGGCUUGAUGGAGGCCGUUUGUGACCCCAAGGUGUCGAAGAAUCCAUCUGUGAUGGAGAAAGGAUAUGGGGAAUUUGGGUGCUCCCACUACAGAAGAAGGUGCAAGAUCAGGGCUCCUUGUUGCAAUGAAAUUUUCGACUGCAGACACUGUCAUAAUGAAUCCAAGAACUCAAUGGAAGUUGAUCUUUUUCAUCGUCACGAGGUUCCUCGCCAUGACAUAAAAAGGGUUAUUUGUUCCUUGUGUGACAUGGAACAAGAUGUUCGACAGCAUUGCAUAAACUGUGGGGUUUGUAUGGGAAAGUACUUUUGUUCGAAAUGCAACUUCUUCGAUGAUGAUGUCUUGAAAAAUCAGUACCAUUGCGAUGAAUGCGGUAUCUGCAGAACUGGUGGUGCCGAGAAUUUUUUCCAUUGUAAUAAAUGCGAAUGUUGCUAUUCUAUGAUCUUGAAGAACUCGCACAGUUGUGUUGAAAAAGCUAUGCACCAUAAUUGCGCUGUUUGCUUCGAGUUUCUCUUUGACACGAUAAAAGACAUAGCUGUCUUACCAUGUGGCCACACGAUACAUUUGGAAUGUGUGAAAGAGAUGGAACGACAUUUCCGGUAUUCAUGUCCCGUUUGCUCAAAAUCGUAUAGUGAUAUGUCCCGAGCGUGGGAAAGACUUGACCAAGAGAUUGCUUCGACAACGAUGCCUCAGAUUUAUCAGAAUAAAAUGGUUUGGAUUCUCUGUAAUGACUGUGGGGAACAUUCGGAGGUUAAUUUCCACAUCUUGGCGCACAAGUGCCCGAAAUGCAGAUCAUACAACACCAGGCUGACGCGUGGAGGUGCUGCUUCGGGCUCAUCAGAGAUUACGAAAAGAGUUAGAUGAUGAGUUCAUCAAUGUUUAUUUCUUUCGUGCUUUUCGUUUUCUUCUUUUAGUUCCUUCGAUAACUGCCAUGUGAUUUCAUAGGGCAUUAGAGGGUAGCUGGAAGUAGGUUUCUUUCCGUCUUUGCUUACGCCUGUCUCUGUAUGCCAAUCCGCCGUUGAUCCGGAGCUUGCGGAUUGUAUUAGUGGAACAAAUGAAACUUGUAAGAAUGCAGAUGGUACGUACUCAGAUCGUUGCUAGUGCUAAAUAAAUUCCAUAUUGUCUAAGAUGUCGGUUUUGAAUGUCGUAUUUAGGGAUUCGGUUACAGCAGGUAACGAAAUUCUUAGUUUGAUCCAACUGCUAUGCAGCAAUGCAUAGUGAACUAGUAACAUAAAUCUCAGAAUGGGAUAUAAAUACCUCAAGAAUGUAUAAACACACAAACGUCAAAAUCUGGGCUCUCAAUAGAUGCUGCAGGUUUAAUCAGUUCGGGCUGUAAAGUUCAACCUUUCGAUGAUUGAGCGGCCGCACAGGUCUUGCAUUUGCUUCUGCAUACCGAUGAAAUCAUUCAAUCAAACAGAUGUUAGAUUUGCUUCAAGAGAUUGCUCAUUUCAAGAAUGUUCCUGGUUUAGCUAAUUCGAUGUAAGUCGAUUAUUUACUUACAUCGUGGACAGCUAUUCGGAGUACCCGAACUUGGUCUCUUGAUACAGUUCUUAUCUGCAUAGUAUACCGAAUAUGCAUCAGAAUCUCAUUUUCCAGAUAAGAACUUAUUAGAAAUGAUUAGAUUUUUAGUAUUUUUGUUUUACCUCGUUGUCCUUUGUCCAAAUGAUACCUUCACUGCAAGGAGGAACUGUUAAUAAUUAGCUUUUCGAUGUAAGUCAAAUCAUAUGACAUGCCAGAGAAUGUCGCCUGUGUCGGAAUCGGAUCUUUUCGUGCAAGGAAGGUCGGGGUACGAGUAACCAAAAAAGGGGUCAGUUUCGAACACAAACAUGGCAACAACUAAACGUUUACCUUGGUCAGGAAGGCAUCAGAUGCACCACACUUGUAAAGUUGUCCAACAACAGCUAAAUUGUUCAAGUUGUGAUAAUAUAUUUUAUUUCCAGAAUAUCCACACAUGCUAAGCCACCCAUUUGGAAUAAGCAACGUCGACCAUUUGUGUA